UUAAUAAUCUGUUCUCUUGGUAAAGGACGUCAGUUCAUUAAGGAUCUAUAUUUCAUCUUGCAUUUAGCAAUAUUGUCUUAGAGGCGUUUGUCGUUUAUUUUCAUAUCAACCUAAAUCUCUGCAGUGAUGAAGUAUCUGAGUGUGUUGCUGGUGGCAGCUUGCGUGGUGAGCUCGCUGUCGAUGUCGUUCACUGACUUCGACGAGGAUUGGAACCAGUGGAAGAACGAACACGGCAAGCGAUAUCUAAGCGAUGAGGAGGAAGCGUCGAGGAGACUGAUCUGGCAGAAGAACCUCGACAUCGUCAUUAAACACAACCUCAAAUACGACUUGGGCCACUUCACCUACGAUCUCGGAAUGAACCAAUUUGCUGACUUGCAAAAUGAAGAGUUCGUCGCCAUGAUGACUGGUUUCCGAGUGAAUGGCACAUCAAAGGCGGCUAAAGGAUCCACCUUCCUCCCAUCAAACAACGUCGACAAACUCCCAAAGACCGUCGAUUGGCGCACCAAGGGUUACGUAACUCCUGUCAAGGACCAGGGACAAUGUGGUUCAUGCUGGGCGUUCAGUACUACAGGAUCUCUGGAAGGACAGCAAUUCAAGAAGACGGGUAAACUGGUGAGCCUGAGCGAACAGAACCUGGUCGACUGCUCCUACAGGAAUUACGGGUGUCACGGGGGUUUUAUGGACCGAGCCUUCCAGUACAUCAUUGAUGCAGGAGGUAUUGAUACAGAGGCAACAUACUCCUACAGGGCAGUGGAUGGCAAUUGCCACUUCAAGAAGGCUAACGUAGGCGCUACCGUCACAGGUUAUACUGACGUCACCUCUGGUUCUGAGAAGGCACUGCAGAAGGCUGUAGCCCACAUUGGUCCUAUCUCGGUCGCCAUUGACGCUAGCCAUAAGUUCUUCAAGUUUUACAAGUCUGGUGUGUACAACGAGCCUGGUUGCAGCACUACCCGGUUGGGCCAUGCUGUUCUCGUAGUCGGCUAUGGAACCACCCGUGAUGGAACCGAUUACUGGAUUGUCAAGAACAGCUGGGCAAAGACUUGGGGAAUGAAUGGAUACCUGUGGAUGUCUCGUAACAAGGACAACCAAUGUGGCAUCGCUUCUGAAGCUAGUUACCCUAUGGUGUAAUCGCCAUUCAAUAUUGCUUCCGCCAUGAAUCUGUUCGUGCAAGAACAUCAAGUCAUUUCUGAGGACAUCCAAUAAAACUAUGGUCCACUUCUCACUUUAUAUUAUGGGCUUAACAAUAGCAAAUGACAAUAACACUAUCAUUAUAACGACAAUAGCUGGCAGCUAUACUGAUGUGUAUUAUCCAUCCCAAGGAUUACUACAAAGUACUUAGCCAAAGUUCCCCAGGUACCGUGAGCACACCCUUAAGCUUUACUCAAUUUAGAUAGUAAAUUAUAGAAACAUAAUCAAUAACUUUAAUAGCAGAACUGAUGUGCGCAUAUCCAGCUCAAAUGACAGUACAAGGUAUGGCUUUAUCAAGGUUUCCUGAGGUAAUACAAUGUGUGAUAAAAUAAGUUUUACAUGACCCGUCGAUGUCUCGGUUUGAUAUCAAUGUCACACGAAUUCCUUUUAAAUGUCGUUGACUAUAAGAAUGCAAUGUUGUAAGAAUACGUACAUUUCCAAUAUUCAUUAAGUGGGAUUUUCUAUUCAUGUUGCAAUUCAAUUUGAUAUUUCUACGUCAUGUUUCGUAAUCUGUAUAUUAUAUUUGCUACUUGUUGCAUUUGUAUGAACAUGAUGAUAUUUUAAACAAUCAUUGAGUCGAUUAAAAGAUUAUUUCUCACCUCA